AUGGAAAAUUCAACCGGGAAUGAGUCAGCAACCUUAAAUGAUCGGAUGUCUGCAGUGGAGUCUAAAAUGGCUGAAAUAAGUGACAUGAUGAAAUUGCUAACAGAGGCUCUAAAAGGACGGAGUGAUGAUAACCCACCACGAAAUACCGUAGCAGAUGAGAACGCGGUUAAUAGAACAAUUGAGCCAAACAGAGGAUCAGAUCCUAAAGUACCCACGCCAGAGAAACAAGAUUCUGGGAUAGGGGCCUUUAACAUACCGGAUGGUCCUGGGGAAGAUCAUGCCUACAUGUUCCAAAUCCCACAAGUGCUACAUAAAGAGAAGGAGUUGAAAGAAGAACUUGGAGAGAUGAAAGAUCAAUUGAAGGCUCUUCAAGGAUCAAACACGUGGGGUUCCUUAGACUUGAAAGAAUUAUGUUUGACCCCAGAAAUCGAUAUGUCCAUAUGGUCACAAGAUGAGAAGUUUCUGAUAAACUUCUUUCCCGAAAGCUUAACUGGAGCCGCAUUGACUUGGUACAUGCAACUAGACCAAACCAAGAUUAAAAGAUGGAAAGACCUUGUGGAUGUUUUCAUGAGACAAUACAAGUUCAAUCUUGAUACUGCUCCGACCAGAGAACAAUUGAAAGCAAUGACCAAGAAAUCAUUAGAGUCAUUCAAAGAAUAUGCUCAAAGAUGGAGAAUAGUGGCUUCGCAAGUGCAACCUCCAAUGGUUAAUUCCGAACUUUGCUCGUACUUCAUCCGUGCGUUGCCUAAGCCAUUUUACCAACACAUGAUAGGAACACAUGUCACUGAUUUUGCUGAUUUAAUGGUAAUUGGGGAAAGGAUUGACAUAGACAUACGAGAAGGGAAGAUAGCCACUUCUCAAGCUGAAAGUAGUUCACGAAAGAACUAUGACCAAAAAAAGAAAGAAGGGAAUGUGAACUAUAUUCAACCUAUAAGACAAGCAGCUACCAAUUCUCAAGUCCCUUAUCAAGUAGAGGGAAGGAAUCAAAGACAGCAACAAUUUGGGUUCAGGCCUAACAAGCAUGGACAGGAUGGAGAGAGGAGAAAUGUCCAAUCCAGGGAUAGUCGCCCAUGGCCCAAUUUUGGAUUAACAAAUGCUGAAUUGUACCAUAAACUUUUGACAGCCCAAUUAUUAGGUCCGCGACCUUAUAAGCCUCUUGGUCCGCCUUACCCGGCAUGGUAUAAUCCAAAUGUUGUUUGUGAAUACCACAUGGGUGCACCUGGGCACUCAAUAGAAGACUGUGUGACGUUUAAAAGAAAUGUGCUAGACCUAGUUGAUUCUAACCAUAUCCAGCUUAAAGAAGAGGGAAGCUCUACCCUUACUACUGAUCCACUCCCAAAUCACGAAAAACGAGUCAACGCUAUUGAAGAAGAAGAUGCGUGCUUCAAAAGCUCCGCAAGAAUCAGGAUGCCUAUGAAUGAGCUUUAUGCUCAUUUAAAGGAGUAUGGCUAUAUGCGAGAAAUGCUCCUCACGAAUAAUAUCAGUGAUCAAAUGCCUGGAUACUGUGAAUAUCAUCAAGAGAAAAUAGGCCAUGACAUAGAAAGUUGUGAACAGUUUAAAGGAGCUGUUAGAAAAAUGAUGGCGUUAGGGAUCGUGUCUGUAAAGAGGGGAGACGCCAAAGCAGUCUCUUUUGUGAUAAACAAAGCCUCUGCAGAUCUUGUACCUCACGUAAGACAACCAACAUUGACCAUAAGCACGCCUCAUCCCUUUCCCUAUGAAAGUGAUCGAGCAGUCCCGUGGAAAUAUCAAAGCAUUGUGGAGAACCACAAAAACCCAACGUUGAUUGCCGGGACAAGCAAUGAAAUGGCCAACCAAGGGGGUGUUACUCGAAGUGGAAAACCAUACUUACCAUCUUACAUUAGGAAAAUGGUAAAAGAGAAAAAUGCAAGUAUUAAUAGGCCAAAGGAAGACAAUCCUAAAGAAAUGGAAAAAUUAGAAGAUGAGUUUUUAUCGAUUAUGAAGCAAAGUGAUUACAGCAUUGUGGACCAAUUGAAGAAAACUCCAGCGCGUAUCUCCAUACUUUCUUUGAUUUUAAGUUCCGAAGCGCAUCGUCAAGCAUUGCAGGAAGUGUUGAAUCAAGCUUUUGUGCAGCCUAAUAUAACCCCUGAGAAGGUGGCAAGUGUAAUGAAUGUUGUAAAAGCCUCCUCUACCAUUUCCUUUUCGGAAGAGGAAGUUACAGAAACCGCUGUUCACCAAGCCAAGGCUUUGCACAUCACUUUGAAAUGUGAAGGGUUCAUAAUCGCAAGAGUAUUAAUUGAUGGAGGAUCAGCGUUAAAUGUCUUGCCGCUCUCCACAUUUGAAUCAUUAUCACUAGAAGCUUCAGGUGUACAUAAAAGUAAUAUUGUGGUAAGAGCAUUCGAUGGAUCAAGACGGGAAGUAUUAGGAUCCAUUUGUCUCUCCCUGGAGAUAGGGCCGAGCAGGUUUAAGGUGGAUUUCCAACUCAUGAACAUAGACCCAAGUUACACAAUGCUGCUAGGAAGGCCAUGGAUUCAUUCUGCUAGGGCUGUUCCUUCUACCUUACAUCAAAAGGUUAAGUUCAUCAGUGAUGGGAGAAUUAUAGCAGUUAAAGGAGAGGAGGAAAUCAUGGUGAGCAAACCAAGCUCACUCCCUUAUAUUGAGGCUGCAGAGAAAGAUUAUGGAGUUUCCUUUCAAAGCCUAGAGGUCGAGGGUAUUUGCGGUAGUACUCACAACAUCAAUUCCGUCGUGGCUAAAAUCAUGGCGAAGAGUGGGUUUAUGCCAGGGAAAGGUUUAGGCUCUCAUUUACAAGGAAUUACGUGUCCAAUUAAGGUUUUGGAUAAUUGUAAUCGCCAAGGGUUAGGGUAUGAGCCUACCCUGGAAGACCAGAUGAAAGACAAAGCAAGUUUGGCAAAUGGCAAAAAGGCCAGUAAAUUGGAGAUUCCACACAUUAAAGAAUCCUUCCCAGGCCCGUCCGAGGUGAUAUAUAAACCAGCUAUCUCAGUGAUCUCUUUUAAUGAAGAUGUACCAUGCAGAACAAGUGCCUCAAUUGCAGUCGAUGAUUCCAACAAAGUUCUGGCGAAUUGGGAGUUUGAAGAGGCCAAUGAUGUCAUUAGCUUAGAGGAUUUUGUUUCUUCUGAUUCCAUCUCCCACCCAGAGAUUAAUAAACCCUGUGAAGAUGAUUCAUUCGUUGCCACUGAUAUGCAUGAUUGUGAGUCUGAUGAUGAAGACAUAAUCCAAACUUUUUCAAAGAUGCUUGAAUUGAGUGAUAAGGGAAUAUGCCCACAUGAAGAAGUGAUUGAGAUGGUUAAUAUGGGAACCGAGGAGGAUCAAAGAAUGCUCAAAAUAGUAGAUAAUCCUGAAAGGGAACAAAUGAUUGAGUUGUUCAAAGAAUACAUAGAUGUGUUUGCAUGGUCAUAUAAAGACAUGCCUGGGCUAGACCCAAGCAUUGCUUCUCAUAAAAUACCAUUACUUCCCAAGGUCGAGCCUAAGAAACAAAAGUUAAGGAGAAUGAACACGGGGGUGUCCUUGCAGAUAAAAGAAGAAGUAAUAAAGCAGUUAGAAGCAGGAUUUUUGGAGGUAGUAACUUACCCACAAUGGGUGGCAAAUAUUGUUCCUGUUCCUAAAAAAGAUGGUCGGAUUCGAAUGUGUGUUGAUUAUCGUAAUUUAAAUAAUGCGAGUCCGAAAGAUGACUUUCCAUUACCCCACAUUGAUGUAUUGGUCGAUAAUACUGCUCGAAGCUAUCGCUAUUCCUUUAUGGAUGGUUAUUCAGGGUACAAUCAAAUCCCUAUGCAUGAAAAGGAUAAAGAGAAAACAACCUUUACAACCCAAUGGGGAACUUAUUGUUAUCGGGUAAUGCCUUUUGGUUUGAAAAAUGCUGGGGCAACUUAUCAACGAGCUAUGGUAGCACUAUUCCAUGACAUGAUGCAUAAAGAAAUUGAAGUAUAUGUAGAUGAUAUGGUAGCUAAAUCAGCGGAGAAUAAGAGUCAUGUUGGAGUCCUUAGAAAGCUAUUUGGGAGAUUACGCGAAUAUCGGCUAAGAUUGAAUCCUAACAAAUGCAUUUUUGGAGCUCUUUCUGGGAAGUUAUUGGGAUUCAUUGUGAGUCGUAAAGGGAUAGAAGUAGAUCCAGAUAAAGUGAGAGCAAUUCGAGAAAUGCCAUCUCCCCAAACAGAGAAAGAAGUUAGAAGUUUCUUGGGACGAUUGAAUUACAUUGCUAGAUUCAUUGCCAAUCUAACAGCCACUUGCGAACCAAUGUUUAAACUGUUAAAGAAAAAUUGCAAGGGGACAUGGGAUGAUGAUUGUCAAAAGGCCUUUGAUAAAAUUAAAGAUUAUUUGUUAAAUCCCCCGAUUUUGGUACCUCCAUCACCAGAUCGUCCACUAAUCCUUUACCUAACAACUUUACCUCGCUCAAUGGGAGCAAUGCUAGGUCAACUUGAUGAUUCUGGAAAGAAGGAAAGAGCGAUUUAUUUCUUGAGCAAGAAGUUUAAUGAGUGUGAAGCUCGUUAUCCGGUGAUUGAGCGAACUUGUUGUGGACUAGUAUGGGCAACUAGAAGGCUAAGGCAAUACAUGCUUUACUACACUACCUGGCUAAUCUCACGAGUGGACCCACUUAAAUACAUCUUUGAGAGCCCGCACAUUACUGGUAGAGUACUAAAAUGGCAAGUUGUACUAUCAGAAUAUGAUAUAAAGCAUGUGAUGCAAAAGUCAGUCAAAGGUAGUGCAAUAGCAGAUCACUUGGCCGAUAAUCCUUUAGGGGAUGACCAACCAUUAGAUUUUCAAUUUCCUGAUGAAGUCAUAUGCACUACAGAAGAAGGUUGUGGUGAAGGAAACAAUGAAGAGCGAGAAUGGGAAAUGUAUUUUGAUGGAGCCGCCAACAUGCAUGGAAAUGGGGUAGGAGCGGUGAUCGUUUCACCCGAAGGAAAACAAUUUCCAGUGGCCAUCAAAUUAGAAUUUGAUUGUACUAACAACAUAGCAGAAUAUGAAGCUUGUGUUAAUGGUCUUCGAGCAGCUAUUACCCUUGGUAUACGGUGUUUGAAGGUAUUUGGUGAUUCAGCUCUCAUUAUUCAUCAAGUAACAGGAGAAUGGAGAACAAAGGAUGUAAAAUUGAUUCCCUAUCAAGAACUCCUAACAGAUUUGAUUAAGCAAUUUAAGGUUGCUAGCUUUCAUCACUUGACUAGAGAUAAAAACCGUUUCGCUGAUGCUUUAGCCACUUUAGCAGCAAUGAUCCAACUUGAUUGUGGAGUCCAUAUCCAACCCAUCCAAGUGGAAGCUAGAAGCUUUCCAGCGUACUGUCUGAAUGUUGAAGAAGAUCGAGAAGAAUAUCCUUGGUUCCAGGAUAUUAAGGAUUAUAUCACUAAGAGAUCAUACCCAGCUGGAAUGACUGAGAAUGAAAAGAAAACCCUUCGUCGUUUGGCUAUGACAUUCUUUAUCAGUCAAGAUGUUCUAUACAAGAGGGGUUAUGAUGGUACUUUACUUCGCUGUGUGAGUUCAGAAGAAGCAAAGAAAAUCAUGGUUGAGGUACAUGAGGGCAUAUGUGGCACGCAUGCGAAUGGUCACACUAUGGCCAAACAGAUUCAAAGGUAUGGCUACUUCUGGCUAACAAUAGAGAAAGAUUGCUUUGAGCAUGUCAAGAAAUGCCAUAAAUGUCAGAUCUAUGCUAAUAGGAUAAAUGCUCCUCCAAUCCCAUUAUAUAAUUUGGUAUCACCCUGGCCAUUCUCAAUGUGGGGCAUUGACAUUAUUGGCCCAAUUAACCCAAAAGCUUCGAAUGGACAUCGCUUCAUCCUUGUCGCGAUUGACUAUUUCACAAAAUGGGUAGAAGCAAAUUCAUUUGCUAGCAUCACGCAAAAGACGUUCCUUAAAUUCAUGAAGACAAAUAUUUUAUGCCGAUAUGGGAUUCCUGAAAGGAUCAUUACUGAUAAUGGUCCCAAUCUCAAUGGAACGGAAGUCAGGAACUUUUGCGAGAAGUUCCAAAUCAAGCAUCAUAAUUCAGCCCCGUAUAGACCUCAAAUGAAUGGAGCAGUUGAAGCAGCCAAUAAAAAUAUUAAGAAGAUCAUUGGAAAAAUGACAGUAACUUAUAAGGAUUGGCAUGAGAUGCUUCCCUAUGCUUUACAUGGUUAUCGUACUACUGCACGCACAUCCAUAGGGGUGACCCCAUACUCCCUUGUUUAUGGAAUGGAAGCUGUUACACCCAUUGAGAUAGAAAUACCAUCUUUAAGAGUAUUGGCAGAGGUAGAUUUAGAAGAAAAUGAAUGGAUACGAACCCGAUUUGAGCAACUUAACAUGAUUGAAGAGAAAAGGCUCAUUGCAAUGUGUCAUGGACAAUUGUACCAAAAGAGAAUGGCAAGAGCUUUUGAUAAAAAACUUCGCCCACGGGAAUUCAGUGCUGGGGAUCUUGUACUCAAGAAAAUAUUGCCUAACCAAGAAGAUAAUAGAGGCAAAUGGGCUCCGACCUAUGAGGGACCUUAUGUUGUCAAACAUGCUUUUUCUGGAGGAGCACUGAUCCUAGCUGACAUGGACGGUCAAGAGUUAGCAAAGCCCAUUAAUGCAGAUGCUGUCAAGCGUUACUUUGCUUAA